AUGGAAGUGGUGACCAUAGUCGGAGGCGUCACUGCCGUCACCCUCAUUCCGAAACUCAUCGAUUGGUCGCUGGACAAGUAUCGUAUGCUCAAAGCGGUCCGCAAGUUCCACACUAACCGAGCGCUCACUUCAACACCAUCGCCACCGCCGAAGAGGAUAAUGGAUCGAGCAGUCGCGUGGGAACAAGGACCCGACGGUUGGGUCGGCUUCACGUUGGGCCCCGAAAAUGCGCAAGUGGCGAAUGCGGAGAGUCUCGUCUUCAUUCAGGAUUUUCUCGCAAAACGCAACACGAAGAACCGAGCGCCGGUGCCGAAGAACACGUUGGCCGUUUCGAUGGCACAGGCGAACUUUAAUGUCGGCUCGAGAGCCGGAGAGUUUGUGCCGACGAGAGGAACGGACGACGACGAGGGACACAGUUGUGUCAGCUAUCAAAUGCUGUCGGAGCACGUCCAGGCCACGUAUUUCCAUCAGAACGGAGUCCGGUUUCUGGCUGGCCUCUGCUUUUACCUAUAUCCGGUCAGUUUUCACUUUUGCGCCACCGGCGACCAAAAGUGUUCAUAAUGCUAAACACAGUGCGCUCGUAAAUUGCGGAGUGUCGUUGUAACUUUUUAAAAUUUGUAGGCCUAAAAAUGCAGUUCAAUUCAAGUUUACGACCAUUCUUUCUAUCUUUUUGACUUGAAAAACGUCUAGAAAACAAUAUUUUAUGGGGCUAUUCAGCGUAUGUUUGUUUUCCGUUUUUUUUCGUUUUUUACACCGCUGAAUUGGGUUUUUCGACGCAAAAAAACGAAAAAAAAAACGGAACUCCCGUUGAAAAUUAAUUAAUCGGCCGCCUGUUGCAAGUGCGCCCCAUUGAAAUCAUUCGCGCUGUGGAAGACCGUGAGACGCGUUUUUCUGAAAAUUGCCGCAAUUCCAGCACACUUUUCCGCCAUUUUUGUGUUUGAUAUCGACGAAAGAAGAGACAUUAAAGAGAGAAAACAUUGAAAUUUUCGUGAAAACUCCGCGUUUGAGACGUUUUUGACAUAUUUCGCAAUACGCCCUCCGCGGCCAAUCGCCGCCGCAAUUUCGGAAUUUUCAUAUCGGCCCAUUUGGAUAGUUUUGAGACGAAGUGAGUGUCGGAAGUGAUUAAGCACGUUAAUACAAGUAUUUUAAGCGUUCAAACAGCAAAAAGUAUCGGCGAAUGACUGAAAUUCGCGCAUUUUCAGCACAAAACUUGAAAAUCGAUUGAAUUGAUUCAUUCUCCGAAUGAAACCUGCUCGUUUUAAGCUCAAAAAAUGCGCGAUGAUAAGUUUAACAAAGUUAUGCAAUUAAAUCGUACAAAAUUUGGCUAAUUUUUGACGAAAAACAUGAAAAAUAGGUGGUUAAAUUUUGAAUUUCGCGCUAAAAUGGUGACAAACCGUGCACGCUAGGGUCGCCGUGUGAAAGCGCUUCUGCUUUAUUAUUUCAGACACAAAAGUCUGGCAAUUGCGCCCCCAUUGCCAAAAAUGUUCAAAUGCUACUAUCCUUUUCCUUGACAGUUUUAAAAAACAGUUCCAGAUUCCAGAUCGGCUCCAAAACAAUGCUCCUUUACAACGAAGAGCAGACGAUGCGAGAGGCGUUCAUGAUGGCCGAACCGUUUCCACUUCAAGAUCGCCACAAAAAUGUGUACAAUCGCAACUACAACCGCUACGGACGCUACUGUAAACGAAGCGCAAAGCGAGUAAUUGUGUUCGCAGAGCCCGGAAAACCGGCCAAACAUCAGCAAUACGACCAUCUUCGCACGAGAAGAGUCUACAUGGAUUGUGAGGAAUGCGAUCGCGAUGCCGGCGAGUACACGUUCGUUGAGGAUCGGACAAUGCGGCACGAUUGUGACAAGUAUCAUUGCUUUGCAUUCGAUCCGUCCCAUUUCGAUUCUAACAAAUCACUUGCGACUGUUACGCUUUCCCAAUGAAAUUUAUUACGAAAACAAUUCAGCUCGGCCAGACAUUGUUGUUAUUCACAGUAUUCGACGCCUCGAAAUCGAAAACAAUUAGUCGGGUGGCACGGCCCAAUACACAAUAAAUUAGAUUAUCCACACUGUGCAUCGCCCCGCUUUUUUUCUUCAUUCACCACUUGACAGUCCCCCCAAGUGUCUUGAAAAUGAGAAUCUUCGAAGUGCUCUCCGGUUGGUUCGAAUCCAUGUUUGUGAGUUUCUCCUUCACUUUACAAUUUCCGCGGCCGUGGCCUAGCAAAUUCUAGCGUUGAAACUCUUCCCUUUGCACUGUGUGGCUAGUAGAGAAUCCGGAAGUCAUCACAUGGCCGAGAAUUUUUCUAGGCCACGACAUUGAGUGUAGAAAAAUUGUAGGAUUCCAAGGUGGUGUCCAACGUGACAUACAACAUAUUUUUAAAAUAAACUUCGAAGUAGGCCGGCCAUUCACGUUCCCAAAGUUCCGAAUUACGAAAAAAAAUUCCCCGAUUUUUAAGAUUUUUUUUCAAAAAAGUUAAUGGUAUCGAGAGAAGUGGUGCACGACGAAUUGGAAGAGCUGGCCGAGAUUUUUCUAGUCCCCCCGGAUGGAAUUCCCCUUUCUUCCGAUUUUUUUCCGUUUUCGUGCAAAUUUCUUAAAUUUUCAAUUGUUUUUACACUGAACACACUUAUUUGCAAUAUUUAAAAAAAAUUUCGUUUUUUUCUGUGCCGUGACGCCAAAAAAAUCGACAACUGAAUUUCUGAAUUUUGAAAGUUUCAGAUUAUCGAUUUUUUUGGCGUCACGGCACAGAAAAAAACAUGAAUUUUUUAAAAUAUUGCAACUAAGUGUGUUCAGUGUAAAAACGAUUGAAAAUUUAAGAAAAUUGCACGAAAACCGAAAAAAAUCGAAAGAAAGGGGAAUUCCAUCCGGGGGGACUAGGAAAAUCUAGGCCAGCUCUUCCAUCUCUCGGUACGAUUAACUUUUUUGAAAAAAAUCUUAAAAAUCGGGGAAUUUUUUCCGUAAUUCGGGACUUUGGGAAAGUGAAUGGCCCACUUUGAAGUUUAUUUUAAAAAUAUGUUGUAUGUCACGUUGGACACCACCUUUAAAAGUGUUGCAGCGUCCGGUGCCGAGUGCGACUCCGCCCGUGGCCGUCGCUCCGUCGCCACCGACGCCUCAACAAACGUUCCCGCGAAGAAACGCGCCGAUCAACCCGAACCGCCUGCCGAGCGUUUACUCGCAAUCCACGUUCGGCGACCCUCUGAUCGGCCUCGGCGGCAUCUUCUACUUUACGAAAUGCGAGCACAGCGGCGACAGUUCGGUCAAGUUGAAAAGGGGCAAAGAGGUGUGCAAACACUACUUCUAUUGUCCAAUUCUCGAAACGUGGCGCGACAUUGGCUGCUUCGAUUGUGACGGAGUCGUCGAGGAUGUCGUGAGUCGUGCUGCCAAUGCAAAUUUCAUCGAAAAACGAUGGUUUCAGCAACUGACUUCCGACGAGGAGUACACGCCGUACCCGGUGUACCGCCCGGAUCCGAGUCUCGACAUCCACGCCACAUUCUACUUCAAAAAGUGCGCGUACUCGGGCAAAACCGUGCUGAUCCUCAAAAAAGGCCAACGAAUGUCGAAACACUAUUUCUAUUGCGAGAUUUCGAAGCGCUGGCGAGCGGUCGUCUGCUACGACUGCGACGAACAGGACCGUCCCGAUUUUGAGACGAAACGGAAGAGCCGGAAGGAGAAGAAGAGAGGUACAAUCGGCUUUUUAGUGUUGGAUUCAUGGCUUUGCGAUUUUCAGUCGUCGCCAAGAAACAACGUGCUCCGAAAGCUCGGGAAACUGCCGUCCCAUCCACCUCCGCCGCCGCCGCCGCCGAAGACUCUGACUAUUAUGAUUUUGCCAAUUAA